AACAGUAGCACGUCAGUGGGCUUGUGUGCAGGCCUACAUCGAUAUAAAUCGGAGGAAAAGGGCUCGGGUGCCGGUUUUCUUUCGUUUAGGCAUGGCAGACACGGAAUUAAAAACCUUCACAUCAAUCAUGGACGCUUUGCUUCGUAUUAGCGCCAACAUGAAGAGCAUGGAGCAAGAACUGCGGUGCCCCGUGUGUGACGACACGGUCAAGCAGCCCAUCCUGCUGCCGUGCCAGCACAGCGUGUGUCUGCUGUGCGCGGCCGACGUCCUGGUACAAAGAGGCUACCCUCCUCCCGACCUGCCCCCGGAGCCGCAAUCGCCCGCCUCCACGCCCAACAGCCGCUCACCGCGACAGCCGCGGAGACCAGCGCCCAGGACGCCGGACCACUUGGACCGACUGCUUCGAACCGCUUGCAGCACUUACCCAGGGCGACGACGUAAAGACGCAGCCCCUCCCCCCAUGCUGUUCCCGUGUCCUUCCUGUCACGAGGACGUGGAGCUGGGCGAGAGGGGCCUGACAGACUGCCCCCGCAACCUCACCCUGGAGCGUAUCGUAGAAAGGUUCAGGCACACGCUGAGUCUGGGCAGCGUCGCCAUCAUGUGUGCUUUCUGUAAGCCUCCGCAGUGUCUGGAGGCCACCAAGGGCUGCGCUGACUGCAAGGCCAACUUCUGCAACGAAUGUUUCAAGCUCUACCACCCCUGGGGGACCCCCCGGGCCCAGCACGAGCACAUUCUCCCCACCAACAACUUUCGCCCAAAGGUGCUAACGUGCACGGAGCACGAGCAGGAGAGACUGCAGUGGUACUGCUGCAGCUGCCAGAGGUCGCUGUGCUCGCUGUGUAAGCCGCGCCGCGUCCACCAGGGCCACAAAGUGCUGCCAAUAACACAAGCCUACCAGGCCCUGAAGGAUCAGCUGACCAAGGAAGUCAACUACGUCCUGGCCAAUCAGGAGAACAUCCAGAGUCAGAUCAUGCAGCUGGAGGCUGCUAUUAAGCAAACAGAGGCUAACGGCGCUGUAGCUCUCCACCAGCUGACUCGCUGCAUGCAGGAAUUGGGCGCGUCCAUUGCCGAGCGUCAGGGCUCCCUGACCGUGGCCCUGGAGGCGUCCCGCAACAGGAGGGAGGAGGCCCUGUCUGCUCAGGCGUCGGCCAGGCGGGACAUGCUGGAGCAGGCCGGUCUGAUGUCCUACACCCACGAGCUCCUCAAGGAGAACGACCAGCCGUGUUUCGUGCAGGCCGCUCGGGUCACGCACAACAGGUUGGUGAAGGCCGUGGCGAGCCUGCAGGGUUUCUCCUUGUCGGCCGAUCCUUCAUUCCGACACUUCCACUUGGACGCAACGAAGGAGACGAGGCUCAUUAGCGGCUUGGAAUUCAUCCCUGCUCCACUGGCCCCGGUCAUCGACACGCAGAAGACGCUGGCCUACGACCAGCUCUUCCUGUGCUGGCGACUCCCUCAGGACUCGGCGCCGGCUUGGCACUUCUCCGUGGAGUUCCAAAGGCGCACGGGAGCGGCCGGAGCCACGUGGGGCGGCGCUCGAUCCCCCGAUGCUUCCACGGCGUGGAGACGUCUGGACGAAGUGCGGGGGACCAGCGCCGUGGUGGACCAGCUGCAGAUAGACAGCGUUUACGUGCUGAGGGUCAGGGGCUGCAAUAAGGCCGGAUUUGGGGACUACAGCGAGGAGGUCUAUCUCCACACACCUCCAGCUCCUGCGUCACAAUCUAACCCUGCGUCCUCCGCUCCUUCCCUCUCCCCGGUCUUCUUGCCUCCUUGUGUCCUCCUUCCUCCGCCAGUCUUGUCCUUCUCGCUGGACUCUCGCUGGGGUUUGCACUCCGACAGGCUGGCGCUGGGCAAAGGUCAAACGUACGCCCGCAGCGUGCCGGGGCUCUCCCUGCUGAAGGUGGCCGACCGCACGCUCACGUCUUGUCACCUGACCUCCGACCUCCUGGUGGCCGACCUGGCCGUCUCGCAGGGCAGACACUACUGGGCGUGCUCGGUGGAGCCCGGCUCAUACCUGGUCAAGGUCGGAGUAGGCCAGGAGGUGAAGCUCCAAGAGUGGUUCCAUCAGCCUCAGGACAUGACCAGUCCACGGUACGACCCCGACAGCGGCCAUGACAGCGAGGCAGAGGACGGCCAGGACUCGCCCGCUUUCUGCUUCCUCACCAUCGGCAUGGGGAAGAUCCUCCUCCCCCGAGGACACCCGCACAGCCUGGGGGACAGCAAGAGCGUGGGAAGUCUCCGUUCCAACAGCGGCGCCCACACGAAGCCCGCGCACCCGUACACCGCGCCUCUGCCGCCCAGGCUGGGCGUGUGUCUGGACUGCGAGGAGGGCCGCGUGGCCUUCUACGACGCCCACUCCUUACGCGUGCUGUGGGAGGGCCACGUGGACUGCUCGGCUCCCGUGUGUCCCGCUUUCUGCUUCAUCGGCGGCGGGGCCCUCCAGCUGCAGGAUCUGGUGGCCAGUCGGAGCGUGGAGGAGGAGGAGCCGCCGCGGAGAGUCAAAUCCAGAGCGAAGAUAAGUCAGUAAACUACCAUGUAGAACACAUCUCAUCUAGUAUUUUGACGCUUGUUUCCAUUGCAACGUGAAGGAGGUUGCCUACAGCCGUAGCUGUUGAUAUUUUUGUGACCCGGCACUAAUCACAGACACUGGUGGUUAUUUGUAUUUGUAGACCAGGCACACGGCGACUACAAAAGGCGCUAAUUGGAGCAUUUACGGUCAUCUCCACUGGCUUUUUAUCCCCUUUGUUGACAUUGUGUCUGAAUAAAACGUUACUAUGCAGCGGCAAUGGAAACAUCGCAUGUAAUACGACUAUAAAAGCAGCACACAUGUACCGUUGCUCUGAGUUUACAGCUAAUUUAAACCAGGAAGAGAAAUGACCACAUGUAAGAAAAGUGAUUGUUUAUGUUAUGUUUCUCUUUGGAGUCACUGUUUGAUUGUAAAACUAAAAAAAAAAGGGUUAUUGUUAUUAUUGCACAUCCACUUGAAUGUUUUUGUGUGUGUGUGUAUGAAAUAAUGUGUCAGAGGCAUUACCAUGACAACCACAAUAAUCAUCAUUUUAUGACUUUUACGACAUUUACUACCCGUAUCCAUCGUGCUGGGGUGCCAAAUGGGGAGUCUGACAGGAGAUUGUCUAUAUUGUAAUACUGAAAUGAUUGUAUUCAAGUAUUUUCUAGUGAAUGUGAGCAAAGUAGACGUUUUUAUUUACAUAACAGCAGCGGUGGAAUGACGACAAGUGUAGCAAAUAUUGUAGACUUUGCUUCUUUUUUUUUAAUUUAA